UCAGUUCCCGGCGGGAUGGUGGGGAAGCGGGAGCGGGAGCGGGCGGGGGUGUCCCGCCGCGGGGGGAUGGCGGGGCGCAGCGUUGUCCACGAGGAGACGGUGAACGGUUGGGUCCUGCAGUUCUACUUCCACCAGGCCAUGGCGGCCUACCGCUCCGGGAGGAACCGCGACUUCCGCCAGCUACGAGACGUCAUGCAGGUGCUGCUCCUGCGGCCCCUGAAGAAGGAGCCCGUGGUGGCCCAGAUGCUGCGCAUAAUGCAACUGCUGUCGCAGAUCGAGGAAGGCGAGAACCUCGAUUGCACCUUCGAUAAAGAGUCGGAGCUCACCCCUCUUGAGUCGGCAAUCGGGGUCCUGGAGCUCAUCCAGAGAGAAUUCCCUGUGGCUGAGAAGGCGAUGGAAGUUAUUCAGAAAACAGUGAAGGAAGCUGCUGUUAUUGUUUGCAUCAAAAACAGAGAGUUUGAUAAAGCUUCAAAAAUUGUCAAGAGGCACAUGGGGAAGGACCCCAGAAGCCAGAAAAAGAAGAACGAGUUGCUGACUCUCAUCCGGGAGAAGAAUUUCACUCAUCCAAUGGUCAAAAACUUCUCUUACAAGGAAUUCCAGCAGACUGUGUUUCAGUUCCUGAAGACCUACAUGGACGAUUCGGAGCCGCUGCUGCUCACGAUAAUGAAGAAGACUUUGAAUUCAGAACGUGCCAAAGAAGGAAAAUACUCAUCGGUGACUCCUGAGUCUGCAAAUGGGCCAAAGGAGCAGGCAGCGCCUCUGAAGGCCUCAGGAAUGGCAGAGGGCCCAGCAGGAGCUCCCAAGCCUACAGAGGCAGCAGAGGACAUGGAGGGAGCUCCCAACCCUGCAGAAAGGGCAGAUGACCCCGCAGCAGCUCCUGAGCCUGUGGAAGGAGCUAGUAACUCUGCAGCAGCUCCCGAGCCUGCAAAAGGAGCUACUGACCCAGCAGCAACUCCUGAGCACAUAAUAGCGACGAUUAACGUCUCGGAGAAUGCUUCAGAGCCUAUGGAAAUAUCUAAAGAACCAGCAGCAGCAGCUCCAGAACUUCCAGGAGUGUCCUUCAGGGAUUCAGAAAGGCAGCCCUCUGGAACUGUAACCACCUAUGGGAUUUCUGUUCUGAGAGAAGCUUUCAAGAUCCUGUCGGACUCCCGGGAUUCUGAUGCACUCUUCACCAAACUGGACGAAACAGACUUUUCUUUCCCCAAGCAACUGUCUCCUUCUGUAUCCCACAGAACCAAGAGACGGAAAGAAGAGGAGACCCAAGAUUCUGAGAUCUCAGACCCUCCUAAAAUGCCCCGUAAGGGCAAACGCUUGUUGACCAUAAGCAAACUGGUCAUGGAGCAAGACGCCCAGUACGGCGAGUCGAGUGAGAGCCCAGACUCUUCCCAGGAGCCAGUUGUAUCUUCUGCUUCCAGACCUGUUCAGAAAUUGCAUGACCAGCCCGUAUCUACUAAGAGUGCCAAGUCCUUCCAAGGAAGGUGGAACAGCUCGUACGGCAAAGAAGGAAAAGAGAGCUGGAGUGAUGAGGAUGAGCUCUUCUCAGAUGUGGCCUCGCUUGAGACAAACAGCCACAACAGUACAGUCUUUGGUUCCAAGAAACAGAAAUGGACAAUACAGGAGAGCGAGUGGAUCAAAGACGGCGUGAAGAAGUUUGGAGAAGGGAGGUGGAAGGCCAUUUGCCAGAAGUAUCCCUUCCAGAACCGCACGGCAGUGAUGAUCAAGGAUCGCUGGCGGACCAUGAAAAAGCUGGGAAUCCUCUAAAGUUGGGAGCCACGAGACCGCCAGUGCAAAAAACCUUCUUAUUUUUCCUUUUGAAAGAUGGACCAGAGCAAUAGUAGCGGGGAGGCCGCUGUCCUCAUCCCUGCUGCCUGCUGGGGCCAGCGUGGCAAGCCCCUCUGGCUCGUGGUACCCAGGAUCGCUGCAGCAGGCAGAAAGCGCAUCUGACAAAAGCUGAGGAGCCACGUGUCUCCGGUUGUAGCUGCGCGGUUUAGGUCUUCUGCAGUUGGCAGAAGCUGCAAGCCUGAUUGCACGAGCUUGGAAACGGCCUGGGCUGGGACUUUGUUUUCCUCCUGGCAACUGCAGCCUUUGUAGAAUGAAUUGCAACUUGAUGGGCUGCUGAAAUGACAGUUUUCUCUGCUCAGAUGCUUUUGAAUGGCAGGAUAACCACCUUGCUGGCUAUUUUUAUGUGUUUUAGUUGCCCACACUAUGAAUCUCUUAUUUCACCUAUUUGCACACAGUCCCCUGUGGGAGAAAGGCGGCACAUAGUCUCAGAGUUUCUGGGGAGAAGAAAAGAUUUAGGCAAGGUGAUCUGCUUUUGGUUUGAAGUUUUUUUCCUCCCACAUUUCUUUCCACUUUGUAAACAGCUAGUCUGUAAGUGGGAGUUUCUCCCUUCCAGCUUUCAGACUUUAAAACCAUUAUUUUUCCUUUGUUUCAGUACUUAAAUGUUGGCUGUUCCCAUGUUAAAAGUUCCAGUGCUUGCUGACUUUGGUCAUGCCUUAGUGGCAUUUCGCCUUUCUGGCAACCUUCUCCUGCGUGCAGUCCCUGCCAGCGUACGAGCCCUGAGGGCACUGCGUGUUUCCUGCCUUCAGGUGUCAAAGCUGGAGCCCGUGUCCGAGCGGCCUUCUGUAAAAUAAAGUUCCUUUUUUUUUCUUUUUUUGUUGGA